AUGGACCCUUCACAGGCAGCUUCAAGCAAUGUAACGGUUGAAUACACGGAUCCAUCUGGUCUGUUUCCGCUUGUACAACCAGUUAUCGAAGCAAAACUACCUCUAAAGAACCUCCACUGGAAAUCACCAACCCGCCCCGUACGUUCAAUUGAGUCGCUUCGCAUUGGCUUCACGCCCGCGCAAGAAUCAAACGAGCGUAAGUCCUCUAGCGAUGCUGCUUCCGGCGCAGUCGCCCACCGCCGGCAUCAGAUUCCCGGUCUACGGCAGACACCAUACCUGAAGAUUUACCUCCUCCGCUGCGACGACAACGAGACCUACAAAACCACAGCACGACGGAACCUGCGUGAAUGGAUUAAGGCCAAUGCGUCUUCACAAAGCUCGCAGUCUGCGACUGCCAACCAGGAAAAGCACGAUGCGUUCGAGUGGUUGAUUCUACACGUGGUGCCGGACGGUGAAGCUGCGGAGAAGGCAGCCGCAUCCACAUCCAAAUGGGGCCGGGGGUCAACAUCGGUGCUGGAGAAGGCGAAAGCAGACUUCAAUGGGUCGUCCAAGUCUGCUGUAGACCGGGUGGCUCAAUUGCGUCUUCCGAAGCCGGGGGUCAAGUCUCCUGAAUUGGCUGAACAAUUGGAGGACCUGAUUGAUAAAAUCAAGAAUGGCAUUCUGGCAUCAUUCGAUCUCCGUGUGGCUCAGUAUGAGGAAGAUAUCAAGGAGAAAGACUCUCAGCGUAGUCUGCCCGGGUGGAACUUUUGCACGUUCUUUAUCCUGAAAGAAGGUCUGGCCAGGGGUUUCGAGAAUGUGGGCCUCUUUGAAGAUGCAUUGGCAGGGUAUGAUGAGCUAGGAGUUGGGCUGGAUGCUGCUAUUCGAGAUCAAAUCGAGGGAAGUGGGGAUCAGCAUGGCGGUGCACUCUUGACUACCAGUAAGAACUGGACAGAGAUGGCCAAGAAGGCAUUGGAGAGUGGUGCCUCCGAGGAAACCGAUGCCAGUCCAUUCACGGAGCUUCAGCCGGAUGAGUUUCCACUCAAUGCCAAUAAGAUGCCUUACCGGGAAAUGAUCCUAGCAAGCGACAUCUCCAUCUUCGACUUCCGCACAUACAUCUUUGCUCGGCAAUUGACUCUACUGCUCCGAGCUGCGCGCGCGCCCUCGCUCCUUGGCAACGAGACUGCUGCAGAUGUUCAGGCAGGCAAAAUUGACAAGAAGAAGCCCGAAAAUCUCAUUCUGCUAUCCGAGGUUUGUGGAAGAUCGACAGAGUUCAUCGGUCUGGCUGCGCGUACACUUCGCUUUGAUCUCCAAUCCGGGCUGGCGGACGUAGAGCAUGAUGGCAAGACUGACGUUAUCAACAAUUUCGUCUCUUCAUGGGCAUUCUCGGCAGCUUUCCAGGUAUUGAGUCAGACUUUCACCCCGACUCUCAGUUUGCCCGAGUCUUCUCUCCAUGUCGUCGCUCAGAACGGUGAAGCGGCUGCUGUCACAGCUGCAGAAUCUCAAUCCAAUGUGCCUCGUCGCACAAGCUCGCUUAUCGGCCCGGCGGGUGGCCGCCCUGGUCGACCAGUAACUCAGGAUAUUUCUGAUAAUGUGGGUUUGUUGCAGCGUCGGUCGACUAUGGAUCACCCUAAACCUGCGCCUGUUCUUACACAGAAGACCGGCUCUGAGCAGUUAUCAUCCGGCAGAGCGGAGUUGCUUUUACUUGCGCGACGCUCGCUGGAAGAAAUUGCCCGGAGAAGGGGUUGGGCAGAGAAGUGGAACGACCUUGACCUUCUUUUCGAUGACCGGCAUCGCUCUGGGGCGAGUGCUUUGGCCGAGGUCUCUUUAGAUGACGAUACUUCCAAGCCAGAGAUAGACUCACAGACCAAGCAGUCGUCGCUUGUAGGCAUUGAACUUCCUGGUCUGAAAGCUGCAUUGGGCUCAAAAGAUUCAUUCUUAUUGGUCUACGAGGACCUUACAGACCGAUUGAUCCGCCAUCAUAUGGCAGCAAACCGUGUUAACUCUGCUGAAUCGGCCCUCGCUGAAAUCGCCAUUUUACGAUACCGACAGAAGGAUUAUGAGGCAGCAGCUUCGUAUUUCCAUCGCAUGGCUCCGUUCUACGGUACCAAAUUCUGGGUUAUCCUGGAAGGAAGUAUGUUGGAACUCCACGCUCGGUGCUUGAAGGAACUCAAGCAGAACGAAGAAUAUGUUCGGAUGCUGCUACGGUUACUUUCCAAAUUUGCUUCAUAUGCGCAGGCGCAAUUGUCAGUGAGGCAGAAGACCCUAGUCAAUUCGAUCCCGUCGACUGAGCAGGAAUUGUUGGAUGGACAUGUUAGCGAUUUGUUCGAGGCGUCUGGGGCUCUCCAGAAAGACAUACCGGCUUCUUUGACGGACUUCUUUGCCGAUCUUAAGGUCGAUCCGGCUAUUCGGUUGUUCCAUGAUCGUGAUGGUUUCCAGAUUCAGCUAUCACUGCGGUUCCUCUUGGGUCGGCAGAUUGAAGUUGAUUCUCUCAAGGCUCGUCUAGUUAGCGCGAACACCUCUCAGAACUCUGAACAUUGGGUUGAGAGCUCGUCUAAAUUUAUUGUGAAGUCGUCAUCGACACAGAUCCUGAUUGACUCUUCGACCACACUGCAGGGCAAAUACUUUGUAGAUCGUCUCGAGCUAAGGGCUGGCAAUCUUGUCUUCCACUUUAACAGCGGACAGGACUCUGCACUUCCUGUUGGCUUCCGGGAAACGGAAGAAGCAGAAGAAGCCGAUGAGCGGCCAUAUAUCUAUUGUUACCCUCCAGCCGAUGGCCUCCAGGCGAAGAUUGUAUCACCACACUUGAUUAAUCUGGAGUCAAUGCGGACGCUGGAGCUGGAACUCAAUAGCGGACGAAAUGAUAUCAAGAGCGGCACAAUUCGUGUCCGACCAGCCACUGCAGGUCUACGGCUUCGUCUUACGGAGACAGAAGUUGUGGAUGGCAAACUCGAGGUGAAUGCCAACUCCGAGUCUGGUAUUAUCGAGUUCACACAAAUGGCGGCACAUUCCUUCGUCCGGCUUCGCAUUCCCUACACAGUGGAAGAGGCAUUUACGACUCUCUCGGCGCGAGCAGAGAUCGGGUACGAGACCGAGCAAGGCCAUUUUGCUUCGUCUUCCUCGUUCAAUGUUCUUUCUACGCUGCCAAUCUCGGUCAAUGUUCAGGAUAUUUUCAAGGACGAGCUGCUGUUCUCACGGUUCACUGUCAGUCCUGCCAUUCAGGUUCCCUUGCGUAUCACAAACUGCAGUCUGCCCAGCUCGGACAUUUACAGUGUGGAACCUGGCAUCAACGGCCCUGUCGCCCUCGACGUCUUCCCUAAACAGCCUGCUUCGCUUCUCUACAAGAUCCGCCCGAAUGAAGGCGAUGCUGCUAAAUUAGCGGCUCGCAGCCUGCGUCUCAGCAUCGAUUUCACCUGCGUCGACGAUGAAUGCAUCGAUGCAAUUGAGAAGCGGUUCGCUGACUCAAUUAACUCAAGCCCAUUCCGUGAAUACGCCGCAUUGCUUACAUCACACAUGGUCAGCAGCUUCCGCGGGCAGCUGACCACCAAUGACAUGGAAGCCAUUGGACUCAUUCGGGAGGUAGACAUGCUACCAUACAAAAGCCUACGAUGGGAUGACUUGCUGGGAGCACUAAAAGAACCCGCCGAGGAUGUACGACAGUGGCUAAAGGAAUGGCACAAGACAAACCAAACCAUCCACCUUCCCAGCCAGCCAACAAUCCCAACCCGGCGCAUAAUAAUUCCCGUCGACGUCCCAGAAAUCCGAGUCGUGCACACAGCAGAACUGCAACCCCAACCGAACCUCCAGCUAGGACCCUCGACCCAUGCAGCCGUCGGCCAAAUGAUAACAGCUGAACUAAUUCUCCGCCACACCCGCCGCUGGUCCUCGCCCGCAACCCGCAACUCCGAACUAGCCGACCAACCCCUCGAAUGCUCCUACGAGCUACACGCCAAUCCAGAGCAGUGGCAACUAGGAGGUCGGCGGCGCGGCAACUUCCUUGCCUACGACGGCGAAUCCACCCGCUUCACAGUCCUCCUCUUACCCCAGAAACCAGGUCAUCUCCUCCUGCCAGGUUUAGAGAUCCGUACAUUCUUCCCAGCGCAGACUCAGCUCCCUACCUCACCUCCUGCGGACUCGGCCGUCCCGUCUCGCCGCUCGGUCCCUUGUGAAGUUGAUUACCGGAACCAUGCAGAGACCAUCCUCGUUCUUCCUGAUUUGAGGAAGACUACGGUGAGUCUCAGUGCUUCUGGGGGCCACGCUGGUGCAGGGUCUUGGUUGAUUGAUUCGGAGCGGAGGGCUGAGGUUAAUUGA